UUUCAAAGGAAAAAAAGAGGAGGUAUUUCCAGACAAGCGCACUACCCCCUGCCACGCUGAAACUAAUUACCGAGGCAUGCGCGCGCAAUAGUCCUUGUUUCGUCCGACAAGAUAUCAGAAACUGAUUGAUCCUCGUGCAUCCUCCAAAACCCAUACAAACCCUGAGACGCGAAAAUUUGAUAAAAACCUAUUGCACUUGCAUGUCAUCGAACUUGUAUCGCAUAGGACAUACAUACUCAAGAUGUUGAGCAUAGUGGCACCUGCGCAUUGCGAGCCUUUGAGCUACGAGCUUAAUGGAAAUGUUCCUGAGCCAACAAUCUCAGAUUCGCAUGACGUUAUCAUCAAAGUGCACGCUGCAAGCGUCAACCCGAUAGACUUGAAGAAAGCCGCUGGUGUCUUCAAAAUAGCGAUAAAAGAGAGAUUUCCGUAUCAGAUUGGAUACGACUGCGCAGGUGAAGUCACCGCUAUAGGGAGGAACGUGAGCAAACUCAAAGUUGGGGACCAGGUGUACACCCGCUUGCCGGAAGCAUAUCGAGGGUCAUGGGCGGAAUAUGCCAAAUGCCCGGAUAGGUUUGUGGCCAAGAUGCCGAGCAACAUGUCGUUUGCACAUGCUGCAGCGAUCCCGCUGGCGGCUCUAACUGCAAUGCAAGCACUGCAGAAGUACAAGGGCUCUUUGGCCGGAAAGACGGUUUUCGUGCCUGCUGGGCUCAGCGGAACUGGAUCGAUGGCCUGUCAACUGGCCAAGAACGUGUUCCAUGCCGGCAAGGUCAUCACGACUGUAUCCACCUCCAAAAUCAGUAGAGUACCAGAGCUGCUCGGCGAAGGUGUGGUAGAUCAAAUAAUCGAUUACACCACGGAAAGCCCCCUCAAGGUCAUCCCACCUCAAUCGGUGGACUUUUUGUUUGAUACAACUGGCCAGGCGAUGGAGUUCCUGCCUUUGAUGAUACCAUCCACGAGCCUCAUUAUAUCUAUAGCGACGCAGCCGUCCGGUACACAGCUACAAGAUUCGGGCAUCAUGGAUCGGCCUGAUAAACCUAAGUUACCCUGGUACAUUCUCAUGGGCUUGAAUUUGGUAGAUUCCGGGCGUAAAUUCUACGCUAGGCGCUCUGGCGUCGAGUACGCCUACUGGUUCAUGGAACCCAACGCUGAAGACCUAGACGCAUUGCGUGCAAACGUCGAGGAUGGACUUCUGAGGCCUGUCGUAGGUAAGCAAGUAGAUAUCAGGGACAUUGACGGAGUUCGAGAGGCGUGCAAGAUGGUCUUCGACGGGAAGGGAGGCGUGGGCAAGACUGUGUUCCGGGUGACUUAAGAUUUGUAGCGAGGCAAUUUGGGUGGUACUUUUGUUUGUUCAAUAAAUACUUCCGGUAAUUUAUAAAGGUGGCCGACAUAG